GAGAGACGGAAGUGUAAAAUGGCAGAGCUGCAAAGCUGGACCGAAGUUUUGAAGUCAUCGAGAAAAACGGCGCUCAUACAGGGUGGUAAGCGGAAGAUCCACUAUCUCUUCUCUGAUGGGAAAGAGAUGGCAGAAGAAUACGACUUGAAGACAGACGAACUUAUUAUGCGGAAAUGGCGCCAUAAAAGCCCACUGGGAGCUCAAAGCCCCUGGCAGGUGGAGGUUGGGGAGCCGCUGGUCAACACCCCGGGAUCUCAGGACUCGGACAUAAUCAGAGAGAGCUGCUCCAAUGUGGCGUUUUCUCUGGUUUCCACAGCCUGUUUUCAGUGGAGAAUCCGGAACCUCGCCUACCAGAAAGAUGUCUUCAGUGUUUUUGUGGAGCCGUCUGAAAGAUGUCUAAACCGGCUCCCAUGUGUCGUCAUAAAGACCUCAAACAAAAAGUAUUUUAAAAAGUUCUGUAUUCCUGAUCUUGAUCGAUGUUGUCUGCCUCUGGAGAGCGCCGCCCUCAGCUUCACACACGCCAACAACACGCUGAUCGUCAGUUACAAGAAGCCAAAAGAGAUCCUAACGGGGGAGCAGGAACUGCUGAAGGAGCUGAAGGAGCUGAGGGGGACGACUGAGGGGGACUGCAAAGCCCAGUGAGCUCUGGCUGAGAGCGGGGGCUGCAUUCACAGCCUCACAGCCUCAUUUCCUCCAGAGCUUUUGUUCACACGCCUGCAGAAACCACCUCAAGUUUUCCCCCCGCUUCUGUUUUGAUUGCAAUCUGGACAUUAACAGCAAAAUACCUCCAUGUUCCUAAAUGUACGAGUUUCAGAACUUGUCCGAAAGUGAAAUCCCACAUCUUUACAUUUUCCAAACAAAGCAUUUUGAUCCCUCCAAGGAUGUUCACACGUUUUGUUCUCUUGUACCUGAUGGUUUGAAAUUUGCAUUUGGUUGAUUCUGAUUCCCAGAAACGCGGAGCUGACAGCUGACAGCAGACGUCUGAGGCACCUUUGCCCAGCAGUUUGCAUCCUGGCAUGUUUGCAGCAUGAAGAAACAGGCUGCACUUUUGUUUACUGUCUGAUUCAGUUCAAAGAAAAACCUGAAGGCAGCCUGAAGAGGGCCUUCGAGUGAGACUCUUGGA